AAGCUGCUGUAUAAAGCUGGGAGCUGUCACUGACAGGGGGAUGGCUUACUGAGCAGCAGCAGUGCAGCUCACCACUCAACAGAGGGAGAAAGGACAGGCGCUUAUUCUGUCUUUAAACGCUCAGUGGUGGUCCGAGGCUUUGCUAUGAAAUACUACACAGCAGUUUCCAGGUGUGCGGUGCCAACUAGCAGACUGAAGCCAGUCCGCACAGUCCACUUCCCCAAUGACAUAGUCUUCCUGGAUCACAUCCGCCAGGGUGAUCUACAACAAGUCGGGCGCUUCAUCAGAGCAAGCAAGGUGAAGCUGGACACCUUAUACCUGACCGGAAUGGCAGCGUUACACGAGGCAGUCCUGUCCGGAAAUUUGGAAUGUGUGAAACUGCUGAUCAAAUAUGGGGCUGAUGUUGAGCUGAAGGACGAGAAUGGAUGGACUGCACUCCACAUGUGCUGCAGUGACGGGCACUUGGAAAUAGCAAAGUACCUGAUGUCUCAGGGAGCCAGAGUGGACGUGGCGAAUGACGAUGGGGAGCUGCCUAAGGACCUUAUUGAUCCUGACGAUGUCAAAUUGCGGGCACUGUUUGAGCUCAGGGACGGCUGAGAACACUCCUUGAUUCAGGCAUAUUUCACUCCCAGACAACACACCAUGACUAGCACCAAGAGCAGAACCAAUGUUCAGUCUGUGACUCUGGACAAAAAGUGCUCAUGUUCCUCUGUCAGCCUGGAGAGGUUUGUGAGCUGCAAGUGCAGUGUGAGAUCGGCAGAAUUUCUUCAAUCAUUUACAUAUUUGCUUGAGUUCACUUCCUUUUGAAUUUUGACUCUCUGAAUAUCAUUGCUUCCAGUCUUUUUGAAUGAAGCUAUCAACGGGUUAAUUGAUAAGUUUAAAGAAUUUUCCGUUUCUGCUGCCAACUGUCAGGGUUUCAAGAUUUUCAAUGAUCAUGUUCAGCACUGACUGCUUUUGCCAGGCCCUAUAAUGAUCUGAAGAAUAACAAGUCUUACAAACAUUAGUGUCUUAAUUUGCUAUGAUUCCUUGUUUAUCCCUGCGGCUUCCUAUAGAUCCAGGCCCUCCCGAUGACUUACCUCCAACUAUCGCUGUAAUUAAUACCACUUAGGACAAAACAUAAUACUUAUGUGAAUGUAAAAUUUUAAAACUGUGGUGAACAAUGUUUGCUGCAUUUUAAAUGCCAGAGUAAGAUACUUAUUUAAAAGAGCUAUCAGUUAUCUUUCCUAUUACACCCUUGUUUGACUUGGUGCCAACAUUUUUUCUGUAAUUUAUGCACUUGGGGACAUUGUAUUGUGUUAAUUUUGUUCUGUAGAUGCAAGUUUUUGUUAUAAUAUGGA